GUGGCCUCGCUGGAGUUCCCCCCGGUGGAGCCACGGGAGGAGGCGCUGUCCCUGGCGGAGGGGCUGGACCUGUUCGGCGCCGGGCCCAUCGACGCCCACCGCUACGCGUGGGUGCAGCAGCGCGAGGCAGAGGAAGUGGCGGAGGGGCACAUGUUCAUCGUCAUGGCGGACAUUGCCCUGCAUGACCCCCAGACCCUGCAGCGCCUGGCCACGGUGCUGGGGGCGUACGACGCCCUGGACGAGCCACCGCGACUCUUUCUGCUCAUUGGGGACCUCUGCUCCCCGCCCUCCGCCCUCGCUUCCCCGCACCUGCACGCUCACAGGGAGGCCUUCUCACAGCUGGCGAGGGUGAUAGGCGCGCACCGCCGCCUCAAGGACAAGUCGCUCUUCGUCUUUGUGCCCGGCCAGGCCGACCCAGGCCCAUGCGCAGUGUUGCCACGCCCAUCGCUGCCGCGCUUCUUCACAGACCCCAUCACUGACGCCCUCCCCUCUGCUGUCUUCUCCUCCAACCCUUCCCGCCUCAAGUUCUAUUCGCAGGAGCUGGUGGUGCUCAGGGCGGACCUGCAGCGCCGCAUGCAGCGCUGCGCCGUGCUGCCGCCACUCAAGGACACCGACCCCUUCACCCAUGUGGCGACCACGGUGGUGCACCAGGCGCAUCUGAGCCCGCUGCCCCUGGUCGCCCAGCCCGUGUUCUGGGACUAUGACUUCACUCUGCACCUCUUCCCCGCUCCCCAUGUGCUGAUUCUGGCAGACUCAUCAGGGCAGAGCAGCGCUGUGGUGAAUGGCAUCACGUGCAUCAACCCCGGCUCCUUCUCCCUCGAUGGCACCUUCACUGCGUACUACCCAGCCUCACGCUCAGUGGAGCACUGCAAUGUGUGA